AUGUCUGGUGAAAGUCCGACAAUUGGCAGAAGUCUAGUAUCAGGUAGAAAUUUGGCGAAAAGCGGAGGUCCGACGUUAGGUAGAAGUCCAACGUCAGUUGGUUGCCGAGGAGAACUCCGGCGUUGGAUGGUAUUCGGGGAGAACUCCGAUGUUACUUGGAGUUCGAGGUGUUCAUGCUACGCAACCACCCGUGCUCUUCAACUCUCACCUCUGCCUUUCAGUUAUUCUUGUUGUUUCAAGCGUUUCUCGGUGAAGCGGAAACGUCUUGGCCCUCAUUGCUGCGUUCGGCUGAGUCAAGAAGGUGAUUUCGGAGGAAGAAUUUUGAAAGCUAGUUUUUUUUUAUGCCCGAGGGGAUUCGUGAAGUUUGCUUCUUUGUUACUAAGGCUAGCUGCCAUGCCUCUCUGUAAAGACUGGUUUUCUCUUGAAAUAGGAGCGGCCAUGAUGGAGAAGAUUUUGCUAAGCCUCUCAGAGGACCAAGCUGCCGGAGGAGAAGCCAUACUCAACACGAUAAAGUUUGCAGUACUGCCUAUUGCAAAGGUUUUCACGGUGUGCUUCAUUGGUUUUCUCCUAUGAUGCACAUACACGGACUGACGGACACAGUGACACGGAUACGACAUGACACGAACACGGGACACGGUUCUUUUUUAAAAAUAUAGGACACGGAUACGACACGGACACGGUAUUAUAUUGUUUAUAUAAUGUAUAGAUAUUAAUGUAACAUCAUAUUUGUUACGUCCUGUAGUAUU